CACAGCAGAAAGACCAAAUCGAAGCGUGCGGUGCGUACCACAUGCGAGUGAAACGAGGGUUGUGUAUUGGGGUCUCUCGUUCGGAACGAUUGUUCGGAAAAUUGCUGAUUUACCUUGAAGAGUGAUACGUUCCGGGUGGCCCAACAGAAUGGACAUCAGCAGAACAACCAUCGGGAUUGCCGCCGGAGUGGCCGGAACUCUGUUCCUGGGAUACUGCCUGUACUUUGACCAGAAACGCCGCAAAGAUCCCGACUUCAAGAAGAAACUACGUGAAAGGAGGAAAGCCAAAAAGGCAGCCGCGGCUGCUAGUGGCCCCAGGUCAACGAUGCCAGACAUGACGGCCCACGAAGAGGUGCAAAGAUUCUUCCUGCAAGAAAUUCAGAUGGGAGAGGCUCUGAUCUCUUCUGGUGACAUUGAAAACGGCGUAGAACAUCUGGCCAAUGCAGUGAUCGUGUGUGGCCAACCAGCACAGCUUUUGCAAGUCCUCCAGCAAAGUCUGCCAGCCCAGGUGUUUACACUGCUAAUCAGUCGCAUGCGACAACAUGGCAAUCCCAACGGCGAGAGCGAGCGGGCCAAGCUGCAGGACAUGAACGACGAUUUGGAAUAAUACGGGAUCGGAAUCAACCCCCCGAAUGAUUCACCUGCAAAAAGAAUUCAAACAACUAAGCGCAGUACCAAAAUAACUACUAAAUAUUCGAGUAAUCCCGUUAAAAUCCUCCUGCCAAUGUGCGCGCACGCUCGCUCCAGGGAAUAGUUUGUGAGAGUGGUCUUGAUUGUCUUAUUUUUUUUUGUCGAUUUUCCAAAAACUAUCCUUUUGAUUCAGUUCACUCUUAGGUAUUUUUAUGAAACCAAUUUAAACUUGGUAAAUUGCUAUGUAACAUCUAUAAUUUUGUUCGAUUUGCAUCUCGUCGUAGAGAUAGUUUGGCUUAUUGAUAUACCGACAAAUGCAACAUUCUCACACGUUGCUUUCACCUCGGGGUUUGUGCGUAAUUAAUCUCGUCAAGUAGUAAAACAGCAAUAAAUCAGUUUAGUUAUAAACUUUAGCGGAGCCAAUCUGUUGUUUAAUCAUCAACCGGAUGCUAACAGGAAUCCUGUCAUGGUAGAACAAAUACUGAAAACCUAGUUGUUGAAUUUAAAUAUUUUGAGAAACAAAAUAAAGAAUAGCUUUUAAAUUGAA